AUGGCUAAACUGAUUGCAUUGUUUGGAGGCAGGAAAUUUCGCUUUUGGUAUCAGACAUUACCAUUAAAACAGAAGAAAAUGAUGUUGAGCUGGCAAAAUAUUUUGAUGAUGCUGACAAUUCUUGCGGGUCUGGGAAUGUUCUAUUACAUUUCUCAUCUUCAAGAGACACCAAUUACAAAGCGAAUACGUUUUAUUGCUUUUACAGAUGAGCAGUUCAUGAAAAUUGCUAACUUUGAAGCAAAAUUGCAAGAGAACAUGAAAGAAAAUUUGUUUCUGCCUGCCACUCAUCCGUCAUAUAUCAGAGUUAUCCAAAUAAUGGAAUGUUUAGUCCAUAAGAAUUGGGCCUUAUCCAACAUGAAAACUCAAAAGUGGAAAGUAGCUAUUCUGGAUUCUUUUGACAUCAAUGCUUAUGUUUUGGCUAGUGGACAUGUCUUUGUGAAUGUUGGCCUCCUAAAUUUUGUCCAAAAUGAUGAUCAACUUGCUUUUGUGCUAGCCCAUGAAAUAGCCCAUAGUUUAUUAGGACAUGCUGCAGAGAAAGUGAGUUUUGCCCAAAUGAUUGAUUACUUUGUAAUCAUUGUGAUGGCUGCAAUUUGGGCUUUUAUGCCUUUUGAUGGAAUUGCACUUGUUACACAGGUAUUUUAUGAAAAGGUGGUUCAGAUCUUGUUGGAUAGUCCAUACAGUCGUAAGCUUGAAAGGGAAGCUGACAUUGUUGGACUGGAACUGGCAGCAAAGGCAUGUUUUGAUGUUCGUGAAGGCAGCAACUUUUGGAAAUUGAUGCAGUUCCAUGAAAAACUGAAGGGAACUGAAACUCCAGAAUGGCUAUCCACACAUCCAUCCAAUGUUAAAAGGCAGGAACUCAUUGAGCAUUUCAUUCCAAAGGCAAUCAGCAUCCGAGAGCAAUACCAUUGCAACCCGUUGUCUGAAAAUGACCCAAGAGAUUUUUGUCUUUUCUCCUUUUUGCACAUUUUGCCUUUUCACCUUUUUUUCUUCACUUUGCCUUUUCUCAUUUUUGCCCCUUUUGCUGUUUCUCCUUUUCCAUCCAUUUUGUAUUUCUCCCUUUCAUUUUUUGCUUUAUUAAUUUUUUCUUCUUUGAUUAUUUGGUAUAUUCUCUUUAUCUUUCCUUUUUAG